AUGCUUAAGAACGGAUUCUGGAAUGCCGGACAGCUUCUACAGGAAGCAUCAAAACAGGCUGAAGCGCGCUCAUCGCACUAUGACCUCGCGGCGGAUUACUGGAUGGGAGAAGACUGGACGGACUAUGAGAAACGUAUCAAAGACAACAUUGGACGUGCAAGCAACUUCGUCAACAACGGUAAGACAUCAAACUACAUCACAGUCACAUGCAAAGACCCCAAGAACUAUUGCAAAAAAGACCCAAUCGACGGCAAGCAAAUCGGCGGCUAUGCUUGGGAUUAUAACGGCUGGACGGGGAAAUACGGCCACAUCACUAUGUGCGACCCAUAUUUUACACUGGGCACUUUCGCAGAGACCGUGGACAAAAUCAACAAUUGGAAAAAGACUGGCGAGAACAGUAAACUUUACCAAAUGGAGAACUACCAGACCACUGGUCAGUUCAUAGUCCACGAGAUGAUGCACCUCCACAGCACCUAUGAUCCAGAACCGCUGAUCACUGAUAUCAAACUGAGAGUGGUUGGAAAGGCACCACCGUACGCCUAUGGACCUUACAACGUACGUCGAUUGGCCGCGGGUCCAAAGUUCCCCACGAAGGGUGACUAUGGAGCCGCAUUGUCCACUAUCAAUUCCGAUAGCUAUACCAUGCUUAUCAAUUCUGCCUUCUGGUGGGAGAUCGUGGGACGCCUUCCGGGAGUUUCGCCUGAGGAUUCAGGCGUCGCACCGCCCAACUCGCCGUUGCUAGUCUUUCCGAGAGUUUCUGUUGCGAACACCAGCGAUUUCUCUAUCGCCAGCGUUGACAGCCUACUAGCUCAAGAAAUUGAUCUCUACUUUCAGAAGGAAGACGCGCCGACGCCUAAUGACACCCCGACUCCUACUCCUGCACCAUCCGACGUGCCCACUCAGGACCAAAAUGCGUGCCAUGGCAUCGGUGGGGACUAUUGGGUUCGAUCUCGUGACGUUGCCGCUCAGAACGUCGUCGACUUUUGUGGUCAGACCGAACUCGAGAAGAUCUACAACGCCAACUCGGUGAAUGAGCUGAAACUCUCCGUCCGCAAGCUCCAUGGUGACAGCCAAACACCGCGAGAUGCCCCGGACUGUGUCGGUCGGUUCACGAAUGCUGUCAUCGAUGGAUGUGAUGGCGCGGACUCGCUCAACAACCCACACAACUACAAGUUCGGCUCAACUCUGACCACCGCCGAUGGAUGGGAGUACAAGAUGACUCCUCUCAGCCAGCAGGUCAACCAAGUUAGCUGCGACGCCCAGUACAAGUUCUUUUUCGACAGCUUCGAGAUCCGCGGCAAGAACCUGCCUGAUGCCUUGUUUGGUGCGGAGGGCGAGGGCUUGAAGAAACAGAUCGAGGGCUGUGGAGCACUAACCUUCUGGAACUUCGAACGCACCCCAGACGACUGUUGCUUUCAAUGGUACGCUGCAGGCAACUUGCCCAUCGGCACCCAGGCUUGCAUCGGCAGAGCUCUCAUGUCGGCAGGCGGCAGUAGUAUCGGUCGCUGCUGGGGUAUCGGCAAACGCCAGGGGGAGCAAAACCACCAGGUGAAUAACAAACGCCAGGUGAACACCACACGCCAAGUGGACAGCAUCGACAGCUGGCCUGGAUACGGCGAUGAAGGCAGACACGUGUUCCGGAACCCUCCGUUGAUCGGUCGGGAUAACAUCGACGCCUGGCCCGGCUAUGGCGAUGAAGGCAAGCACGUCUUCAAGAAUGCGACACGACAGUAA